AUGGAAGAUCAACCUCCACCUUCCGAAGCUUCAACUCGUCGUCCCAAGAGGGGUAGACCUCCGAAGCAAACGUACAGGGAAAUGGAUCUAGAUGAUGAUAUGGAGGAACGAGAGAGCUCGCAUGAAGAUUACUCCGAGCCACGUCCGAUUCCGAAACCUAAGCGAAAUCGGAUUAAUGAAGCAGCUCCGAGUGCUUCACUUAAACCUACUGAUCAGACUUUGAUUGAGGCAAUCAAAGGUAAUGGCAAACUUAUUCCUCACGUGGUCAAACUUUGGGUUGAAAGCUAUGAAAAGGAUCCACGAUCUGCAUUGGUUGAACUCUUGACAAUGCUGUUUGAGGCAUGUGGAGUCAAGUAUCACGCCAAAAGUGACCUCAUGCAUGAGAUCGCCGUUGAUGAUGUUGUUGUUGAUCUUGUCAAUUCUGCUAAAAGGGGUGAAGUUGAAGAUUAUCUAAAUUCUAAGAAGAAGGAGUUUAAAAGCUUCAAAGAGAAUCUAGAAUCAUUCUGGGAUAAUUUGGUCCGAGAAUGUCAACAUGGACCGUUGUUUGACCAGGUUUUAUUUGACAAGUGCAUGGACUACAUCAUUGCACUUUCAUGCACCCCUCCAAGAGUUUAUCGUCAAGUUGCUUCAUUGAUGGGUCUUUCAUUGGUUACAUCAUAUAUAACUAUUGCUAAUAUGCUUGGAGUACAAAGAGAGACUACUCGAAGACAACUGGAUGCUGAAAAGAAGAAAUUAACUGAGGGGCCUCGGAUGGAGUCACUAAAUAAAAGGUUUUCUGAAAUGCAUGAGAAAAUAACACUGUUGGAGGAGAUGAUGCGCAAGAUAUUUACUGGGUUAUUUGUGCAUCGCUACAGAGACAUUGACCCCAAUAUUAGAAUGUCAUGCAUUGAAUCACUCGGUGCGUGGAUCCUGUCAUACCCGUCACUUUUUUUGCAGGAUUUGUACUUGAAAUAUCUUGGGUGGACACUGAAUGACAAAAUUGCUGGUGUAAGAAAGGCUUCAAUACGAGCACUGCAAAAUCUUUAUGAUAUGGAUGAUAACAUACAGACCCUUGGUUUGUUUACUGAGAGAUUUUCUGGCCGGAUGAUUGAGCUUGCUGAUGACAUUGAUGUUGCUGUGGCUGUUCAGGCCAUUGGCCUUGUUAAACAACUGUUUAGACACCAGCUUAUUCCCGAAGAUGACUUGGGUCCUUUGUAUGAUUUGCUGAUUGACGAUCCUCCAGAAAUCAGGCACGCCAUUGGAGCAUUAGUAUAUGAUCACCUGAUUGCUCAAAAAUUUAAUAGCUCCCAAUCAAGAUCAAUAGGUGAAAAUGACAAUUCUUCUGAGAUUCAUCUUAACAGAAUGUUGCGAAUUCUGGAUGAGUUCCCACCCGAUCCAAUUUUGACAAUUUAUGUUAUUGAUGACGUGUGGGAUUACAUGAAAGCUAUGAAGGAUUGGAAGUGCAUCAUAUCCAUGCUCCUUGAUGAAAAUUCAUCAAUCUCUGACAAGAGUGCAACAAACUUGGUUCGGCUCCUGUGUGCAUCAGUGAAAAAGGCUGUUGGAGAGAGAAUAGUUCCCACUAUUGAUAACAGAAAGCAGUACCACAGCAAAGCCCAGAAAGAAGUAUUUGAAAAUAAUAAACAGGAUAUAACUGUUGUCAUGAUGACGAGUUACCCAUCCCUCUUGCGGAAAUUUAUUUCGGAUAAAGCUAAAGUGUCAUUGCUGGUCGAGAUUGUUUUGUAUAUGAACCUUGAGUUUUAUUCCUUGAAGAGGCAGGAACAGAAUUUCAAAAUUGUCCUCCAGCUUAUGAAAGAGGCAUUUUUUAAGCAUGGUGACAUGGACCCUCUGAGAGCUUGUAUGAAGGCAAUUAAUUUCUGUUGCAUCGAAAGUCGAGGGGAAUUGCAAGAUUUUGCUCGAAAUAAAUUAAAGGAACUCGAGGAUGAAAUUAUUUCUAAGUUGAAAUCUGCAAUUAAAGAAGUAGUGGAUGGGGGUGAUGAAUAUUCUCUUCUUGUAAAUUUGAGAAGGUUGUAUGAACUCCAACUGUCUAGAUAUGUACCUAUUGAUACCAUAUAUGAAGACAUUGUAAUGGUGCUACGUGACUUUAGGAAUAUGGAGGAUGAGGUUGUUGGUUUCCUGCUUCAGAACAUGUAUUUUCAUCUGAUUUGGUGUUUGCAGUCCAUAAUAGAUGGAAAAAGUGUUUCUGCUGCAUCCAUGACUUCUCUCCUGUCUAAGCGUGAUACUUUGUUACAAGAACUUGUAUACUUUGUUGUUAACUUGGCAACUGACAGCAAUGGAGGUAAAAGUGGAAGUGAACUUGCCCGCAGAGUGUGCACUUUGCUUGCAGAAACAUGGUGCUUACAUAGGCCAGCAAUGUUUUGUAAGACAAAGCUGGAAAGGUUGGGAUAUCAACCUAAUGCAUAUGAGGUCCAGAAGUUCUGGGAACUUUGUCAACUGCAGUUUAAUGAUUCAGAUGAGGUAGAAGAAGACGAUGUAAACAAAGAUGUAACCAAAGACUAUUCAGAGGAGACAAAUAGAUAUUCUGUUAUAAUUGCUGCUUGCAAACUGAUUACUAGUAAUGUUGUCCCAAAGGAUUAUCUUGCUCCUGAGAUUAUUUCUCAUUUUGUAAUGCAUGGAACACGUGUGGCAGAGAUUGUAAAAUAUCUGAUCACAUUUUUGAAAACAUCAGAGGAUGAUUUGGCUGCCAUUUUUCUUGAAGCACUUAAAAAGGCCUAUCUCCGGCCUGCUGUCGAUAAUGCUGAAAAUCAUAAUAUUUCAUCAGUAAACUCUUUCUCGGGAUGUAAAAAAUUGGCUGCUCAGCUUUCUGGAACUUUUAUUGGUGCUGCCCGGAUUAAGCACAGGUCAGACAUUUUAAAACUUGUCAAGGAUGGUAUUGAGUAUGCUUUUGUAGAUGCUCCAAAAUAUUUGUCUUUUCUGGAAGCGGCAGUGAUCCAUUUUGUGCCAAAACUCCCUGGAUCAGAUUUGUUGGAAAUUAUGAAGGAUGUUGAAAGGCGAACUGAAAAUGUAAAUAAAGACGAAAAUCCCAGUGGCUGGCGUCCCUAUUGCAUAUUUGUUGAGGCUUUGCGGGAAAAGUGUGCAAAGAACGAAGUCUUUCAAGAUGAAAAAGAGGGGGUUACUGUUAAGCGCCGGGGUCGUCCACGGAAAGUGCAACCCAUGGUAGGAAAGAAGCUUUUUAAUGAACAUAGCUCAAGUGAAGAUGAGGAUUCCAUUAGUGCAUCCGAACAAGAUGCUCAAGAUGAAAGGGGGAGGCAAGAGGAGGAAGUUGAAGGCACUCCUUUGAUACAUUCAACCAGGCUCUCAUCAAAGUUAAGGGCGCUGCGAGUUUCUAGGGAGGAAAGCAAAGGUCAGACAAAUACAGGGAAUUCUGUGAGAGCUGUAGACAAUAUAUCUGCUUCUAGAGCAUCAGGAGCUUCAAACUAG